GAAGAGCGUCAACGGUUAGAAGAGGAAGAAUACCAAAGGGCAGAAGAAGAACGACUAAGAAGAGAGGAGGAACGACAAAGAAAGGAGGAAGAACGACAAAGAAAGGAUGAAGAACGACAAAGCAAGGAUGAAGAACGUUUGAGAGGAGAGGAAGAACGUCAAAGAAAAGAGGAAGAACGUCAAAGAAAGGAAGAACGACAAAGGAAAGAAGAAGAACGUCAGCGACGUGAAGAAAGUGAAAGAAAACGAAAAGAAUUAGAAAGACAGUUAUCAGAAGAAAAGAAACGAAAGCAGGAGUCCGAGUCCCCGCCGUCACCACCACAACCGCCAACAUUACCAACACGUCCACCUGCUAAAUCGAAGUCUUCUUCAGACGAAGCAGCUAUAAAGAAAAUACAAACACCAACAAAUCGCAUAUUACCUGACAGACCAGCCCAAGCUCAAUCAAAAGAUAAACCACUUCCAUCGAAUACAAGGCAUUGGACAGACAGAACUGGUUCAUUCCAAGUUGAAGCCGAAUUUCUUCAACUUAUUGACGGCAAAGUACAUCUCCAUAAACUUAAUGGCAUAAAAAUUGCUGUUCCCAUUGAUCGAAUGAGCAAAAAGGACAUUGCAUAUCUUGAGGGAGUAACUGGAGAAAAACUAGAUGACAAAUCUGAUAACAUACCUUUGGCCGCUAUUGUUGCUGGACAUAAAGGCAAGACGACCUUAACAAACAAACAUAAAUCGGAAUAUGAUUGGUUUGACUUCUUUCUUAAGGCUGAUAUCACACAUGAUGAUGCGUUCAAAUACGCUAAAAUAUUUAUCAACGAGAAUAUGGAUGAGAGUUCAAUAAAUAAUUUAGAUCGUAAUGUAAUGAAAGAACUCGGCUUAAAAGAAGGUGAUAUAAUUCGAGUAACUAAAUACGUUUCUGAAAAUUAUAC